GUUGAAAAAAGCAUAAUUAUCGUUAUUCCUAGUGCGAUCUGAAACACAUCACCUCGCCAAACAGAGACCACCAACCAUUUGCGGACUAAACAAUUUAUUUUUUUUUGCUGUGAUCGAGUGAUUCCGAGUCGAGUCUAGUGUGGCAAAGUGCAUUUCUGUCAGUAGUUCCCUCCACACGAGCCACCCAACAAAUAACUAAAAUAACAAAGAAAAUAAAGCCAAGAAUAAAAGGUGAUCGCGCAAGUGCGGCAAAGUGCAAGUGCAGAAAAAAAAAAAGAGAGCUGCACCUCCCCACCCUCCCAAAAAGAAAGAAAGAGUAACGAAAGAAAGUUCAACCGUUACAAGCGACAAAAUGACGACCAAAAUGGCCAUUAACGCAAAGGAUAUUUUCCGCAACCAACACCGCCUUAUCCGCUUCAUCGAACAGUCCAUCCGGCUGUGCAGCAACCAAUCCCUGAAGGCGGCCCAGCAGCAACGCGAGCAGAAGACCUCGGCCGACUUCCAGAUCACCGCCCAGGUGGACGCCCAAUACACCAGCGCCCCGGAGCCGAUCAAGCACGACCAGAACGUGGGCGACCAGUUCCGUGCCUCCCAGCUCUCCGUCCGGCUGGCCGCCCCGGAGCAGCUCCAGAUGAAACCGGACAGCGACGAGGAGCUGGGCUUCGGCCGGCUCUUCACCGACCAUAUGCUGAAGAUCUACUACCACAGGAACCUGGGCGGAUGGCAGCGACCGGAGAUCACGCCACUGGAGAAUCUAGUCAUGCAUCCGGCCGCCAAAGUCCUCCACUACGCCGUAGAGCUCUUCGAGGGCAUGAAGGCCUAUAGGGGCGUCGAUGGCAAGAUCCGCAUCUUCCGGCCGGAUAUGAACAUGAACCGCAUGAAUCUGGCCGCCCAGCGCUCCGGCCUGCCCACCUUCGAGGGCAAGGAGUUCGUCCAGUGCCUCUCCCGCCUGCUUUCCAUCGACUCCGAGUGGGUUCCACACACAGAUACCGCCAGCCUGUACAUCCGUCCCACCCUGAUCGGCAUUGAUCCCACCUUGGGAGUAGCCUCCUCGGACUCCGCCCUGCUCUACACAAUCCUCAGCCCUGUGGGUAGCUACUUCAAGACAGGAUCUUCCGGCGCCGUAUCCCUUCUGGCCGAUCCCAGCUACGUGAGGGCGUGGCCGGGAGGCGUGGGCAACCGCAAAAUGGGCUCCAACUACGCACCCACCAUCAAUGUCCAGAAGGAGGCCGCCGCCAAAGGACUGCAGCAGGUCCUAUGGCUGUACGGCGAGGACCACCAGCUCACCGAAGUGGGCACCAUGAACAUCUUCAUGUUCUACGUGAACGAUCAAGGAGAACAAGAACUGGUUACCCCGCCACUGAGUGGCCUGAUCCUGCCGGGCAUCACUCGGGACUCCAUCCUGCGCAUGACCCGCCAGUGGGGCAAGUUCAAGGUGAGCGAGGCCAACAUCACCAUGCCACAGGUCUGCGAGCUGCUCAACCAGGGACGGCUGCUGGAACUGUUUGGCGCCGGCACUGCCUGUGUGGUUAGUCCCGUUAACAGGAUCAACUACCUCGGCCAGGACCUCUACAUACCCACCAUGGAACAGGAGAAGCCAGUCCACGAGCUCAUCCGCGAAACGCUGACGGACAUCCAGUACGGCAAGGUGGACCAUCCCUGGUCGGUUGUGAUCGACUAGGGAUUCCACAUCCUCCUUCUCUGUUCUUCCUGGUCCCACCUUCCUUCCCACUACACACACACAC